GUGUAUUUUUAAUUUUCUUCACUGCUAUUAAAAUGUAUUCAUCGUUUGUACGUUAGGAAUAUAGCAAUUAGUUUCAAAUAAGGACGUCUCAUUGAUUGUUUGAAAUUAUAUCAUUCAUAUAGCAUUCGACAUUGUCUUGUAUACCAAAUGUUUUUCUGAUUGUAUAUCUUUACAAAAAUGCAACCGAUUUAACUCAAGAUAAUUUAUCCAAAUACCUCUAUCGAGUGGUGGGGGAAGCAGAAUCAAAUUUGUGUCAUUUUCUUAAAAUUAUUUGGUGUCUGACAUGUACUGUAACUUAUGAACACAGCCACGAGUGUCUUCAAUAGAGUCGGUUGAAAAAUAUUGUGUCGACACCCUUUUACUUUUAACAUAUCUGGCCAAGUGGCACUAGUUAGAGAGAUUAUUUGGCAAUUGUAAACUUGGGAGCUGAGAGUCUACUUAAAAUAACACACCCAUCAUCUCUCCUUAGUAAAUCAAUUAAGUUCCACCGUGUUUGUAGGAAAUCAACAGUUGUCCUAUGGAGAGACUAACCUUCAACCAUGGGAAUGUUCACAACGGGCCACGGACCACUCUAUUGCUUGUUGGAGCAGAGAGUGUGUCUUGAUUAAUGUUUCAAUCGAGGUUAAUCGUGAACACGGUUUGGUAUUGACGGUGAGCGUAUUUCUGGCUGGGGGCUUGGCUUGUUCGCGUUGCCCAGCGAGCGGUCCCUGCUGACCUCGCAUGGCAGGAAGCAGAAGAGAACAGGUGGUAAGCCAUCCAUAGAUGAGGCUUUGGCUGCGCAGAUGAAGGCAUCGUAAGCAUCCAGCCCCAGCCCUCCGACCACAAGCCCUGUGCCACCUCAUCAAUCCAUCGCUGGCAGCAGAGGGAGGCACCUUCCAAAACAUCAGGAAUAUUUGGCACUGAAUAAAAGGGACGAGUGAAUAAUGGACUGUCUCCAGCAACCAAGUUCAUUGUCGCAAACAAAUCUCCCCGAGUGAAAAGAACGUCGAUGGAGCAUUAUGGUCCUGGGGCUUGGGAGAGUCCUUCAGGAGGGUUGGGGAUGACGGCCGCAGGGCACGGCGGGGUCCCUCGGCCGGAGAAGGUGGACCAGGCGCAAGCGCUCGCCCGCAGCUGCGCGGGGGGUCCCGGCUUCCAGCAGUGCGACCGGGGCUUCGCCACCUGCGCCAUCCACACGCACGGCAAGUGCUGCAAGCUGCACUGGAGCUGCCACAUGGGAUGGUGUCACUGCAAGUACGUGUACCAGCGCAUGACUCCCGUGGAGCAGCUACCCAGCACCGUGGUGCCGAGUGGCAUCAUGCCUGAACGAACCCCCGUGUGCUCGCUGCUGAUCUCCCCUUCGAGAUCCCCUUGCGGUGCUCGGGCUACGAUGGGGGGUGGUGGUGUCGACGCUUCUAGAGCAGCCGCCACCGCCGCCGCCGCUGGUGGUGCCGCUGCUGGCAUCAAGCAGGCGAUUUUAAGUGAGGGCUUCAAGAUCAGGCGCGUGAACGGUACGCUGUGCUAUGUGCAGCACCUGCUGCUCUCCCCCCGUUGCACCAGUGCCUAUAUGGUGUUGGAUGGUGGCUUUGCGGACAGUACUCCUAUCUGUGGUAGAGGCUGGCGUCAACAGCAGCAGCAGCAGCCCCUUGCGUCGCUGAUCGUCAGCCCUUGUUCGUCUCCAUGCUCUGGUAGCGGUAGUGCGGGCGAGUCGGCUGACUCCGGAAUGCCAGCGUCUCCGGACUCUGCCGAGGGAAAACGCAGCGACGCUGAGGAGGAGACCGAGGGAGAAGGAGAUGAAGGUGACAAUGAAGAUGAUGAUGGUGGUGGCGGCAAUGAAAAUGAUGAUGAUGAUACCUGCAGUCUGCAGUCUCUAGCAAGUGGUGUAGGACUUGGUGGUGAAAUGCCACAAUUGCGAGCCAAUAGGAUGAGAGGCAUAUCAGAGGUUGUUGAUGUGAUUGAAACGACUGUGUAGCUUUUAUUGUAUGCACAAGACAAAUGCGUGAUCUGCGCAUUUCAUAACUCAUUUAAUUGUCACGCUUUAAAGAAAAAAGUCGGCACGGCCAUCGGUAACAAGUGUGUAAGUUUGAAAAUUGUGCAAACACGUAAAAAUAUUGUAACCAUACAUAGAUCUGUUUAAACAUUUAUAAUAGGUAUUUAUUUGUUGCAUUCUGUAGCCAUGUUAAACUACAUGACACUGUAUAGCUGUCAAACAAUAAACGCAACAUCUGAAAUCGUUCAUUUGAUUUGUUGACGUGGCAAUGCUCAUGCUUCUGUAUUCUUAAUCAAAUUGCCUUCCUAAAUUAAACGGUAUAAGACAUAAUGACUCUUAAUUGCUUAUCAAGAUGCAAUAUGUCAGAAUAUUGAAAACAGAGUCCAUAUGCACGCUCCAGUCGCCAAUGCGUAGCCAGUGUUUUCUAUAAUUGGUCUAUUGCAACAAGAGUAACAAAGAGAAAAUCGGGUUAGGAGUGAGUCACAUUGCAGCCUGAAAUGGGGGAUGUAUAACGCACAUUAUCUGGAGUGUUCUAUGUCAUGGCUUUUAUGUUCAAAUAUUGAUGUAAAUGAUUGCCGGUCAUUGGUAGCGGCAUGGGAAUCGUGGUCAUAAUGCUGCUUUGAGCCAAAAAAAGUGUAGGGCUCAGCCAUGCAGUCUCCUUAAACCCCAUGCGUCCACUAUGGCUUUCCUUUUACACCAGAGAAAUAAGGCUCUGGGCAAAAUGCUGUCUAUUUACCCAGC